AUGCAAAAUAUAAAUUAAUUAUCUGCUCGUAUAUAAUAGAGCAUUUCUAAGUAACUUUCAACAUAAACAGAUUAAACUGGUAGUCAAAUCUUACUGAAUUCUGACACUUAAAAAUUGUUGAAAUAAAUUUACUUCAUCAAAGAAUGUGAUAAAAAAAAAAAAAAAUCAAAAUUUAUGGCUGCUAAGAAAGAAUUAUAAUUUGAAUAUCUGUCUGAGCCAAAAUAAAUCGAUAUUAAGUAGUUUAUUUAAAAAGAACAUUCAUACGAAUAAAAAAAAAGGAUUUCUGUUGAUAGUGCUAAUCAAGGUAGUUAAACAUGGAGAAUCGAGAGAUAGAUGAGAUAAAGCCUCAACUUUAAGGAUCUGCACAAGUUAGAUGAGUCAAUUGCAAUUGAUAUACUUAAUAGGCAAAUGGGAUAAACUGAAACCAAUUUUUAUGAAUAUAAACCCAAAUCUUAAAGGAGAACGAGGAGUCAAUAAGUUAAUAAAAGAGAUAUUAUGAAUUUAUCUAGCACUCCAUUCCAUAUUCCAAAAACUAAGAAUAAAUUAAAUAAAACUGCUUGUGACUUUAAAAUAUCGAACAAAGAUUAAGUAUUAUAUAAAUUGCCUGUUUCCAAUAUAGGAAUACCAAUUAUUAAAACUUAAAGAAGUAUGAGAAAAUCUCAUUAUCAUUACCCUUUUUCAACUAUGAAUAAUUUUAAUUAUAGCAGAUUAAAUAAAUCAUUGUGGGUAUCCAAUUUAUGA